UUUCACUUGCGUGGCAUAAAAAUACCAAAAUUGCUUUACCGGUUGGCGUUUGUUUAUUGCUGUUCAGAGCACAUUUAUUUGAACAUUAAGACGAAAAUCGCAUACAGAAACGCUUAGCAUUUUAAUUAAAUAACGAAUGUCUAGUUUUCAUAAAGAAGGCGCAAGCCUUGGUUGCCUAAAAUCCAGUCGUUUGUGUAUUUUACCUCUACGCGAACUUCAAGGCAAUUUUUGUGUGCAGGACUACUACCCUGAAAUUAAUUUAUGUUGUGAUGGUUUUAAUACUUCCACUCAAUCGUCAAGAUUUGUGGACACUUGGGGCAACGUUUUGGUGCCGGUAAAUGAGGGAGUGUCGAAGCGUAUCAUACGUACGUUUUUCGAAAGUGGCUUCAAAGAUGCUCUUAAUGAGGCGAGAAAUAACGAGGCCGUAGCGUACAAUCCUAUAAUUUCUUCAAUUGCUGAGUUUGCAUUUAGAGCUAUGAAAUUUAUGCAAGAUUGGAAAAAUAAAAUUUUUCCGCAUAUGGAAGAGCAAGGCAUUGCUAGCGUAGCCACCUAUUCGGAAACCAGGGACUGGAUAAGAGCGAGCGUACGAUGCAUUGCAUGGCAUCCAAAUUAUUUUAAAAUUGCUGUUGCUGGCGUGGAUGAUCUUAUACGCAUUUAUACAGACCAGCCGGCCGUUGUGCCAAUAUUGAAGGGAACAACACAAAAGUGGAUUGCCUGCAUGGCUUGGCGGCCUUUUACUGCAGCCGAAUUAGCAGUAGGAUGCCAAAGGGGUAUUUGUUUGUGGGUAAUGGACAAUAAUAUGCAUAUAACGCGUUCGCAAUCGCAAGCCGUAUUCUUAAAAUAUAAUAAUCAUUAUCCUAUUACCUCGGUGCAAUGGAGUACAGAUGGUAAUUUACUGGCAUCAGCUUCAAUUGGCAAUACUGAUAUUAUACUGUGGCAUAUCGACAAAAUGCAAAGUAUUGCCUUGAAACGUGUAGGACCACCUUGUUCUUUAUUAAAAUGGUCGCCAGAUGGUUCUUGUUUAUUUAGCGCUACACUUGGCAAUGUCUUUCGCGUUUGGUAUACUGAAAGGAAAUGGCAGCCAGAACGUUGGACUGUAUCGAAAGGUCAUAUACAAUCAGCCUGCUGGUCACCCUGUGCCAGUUUUCUAUUAUUUGUUACCUCAGAGGAAUCAAUACUCUAUCGAUUACAAUUUGUUGAGGAACAGUUAUUUAAAUCUGACUGCGAGCAAAAAGAAGCGUUACCUUUGGUCGAUUUAAGAAAAAUUAUAGUUGGGGAGCGUGAAUUGGGUGGCAAACCUCAGGCUUUAGCAUGGGAUCCUAAAGGCUUAUUUCUGGCGAUCACCUUUCAAGAUACAGAUUGUAUUGCUAUCUUUUCAACGACCAUACAAAAAUAUGAUCUUACUGUGUCACCGUCAUCUUUCCUGGCCGGUCUUGGUAAAGAAUAUCCCAGUUAUAUAUGCUUUCAAAGCGAGAGUCAUAAAAGUUCAAAUUGUAUGUUAACUGUCGGUUGGUCUAGUGGCCGCAUACAGUACGUUCCAUUGAUGAAUUUAUAAAGAAGCUCAAAAUAUUUCAAGGUACAUGAUGAUGAUUGUUUUAUUAUAAUUUUUGUUAUAAAUAAAGAAUUUUUUUUUUUUUUUUAAUACAACUCUGUAAGUAGUAGCAGAAGUGAUUAGGAAAACAAAGAAUAACCGAAAAAUACAUUGUCUAAGAAUUUAAUUAUAAUAAAUUUAUUUUAAGAAAAAGA